AUGGUGCGGUUCCUCGGUGGUGGCAGGAGCGAGAGGAGGUUUGGCAGAGAAGCCUGCGCCGGGCCAGCCCUCCCUGUCGUCAUCGUCGUCGUCGUCGCCGUCGUCGAGGCUGGUUUGGGAACUGCUGCAGCACUGGGUAGGAGGGACAAGUUGGAUCCCUUGGACCCAAGCAGGGGAGGGGAAGAGUUUUACCAAGUCCAAGACAGUCAUCUCUAUUGCAAGAAGUGCCCCGCAGGCACCUACGUUGCAGACCACUGUAAAGAGCAAAAUGGCUCCAGCAAGUGUUUGCCGUGUAAAGAAGAUGAAUACAUCGAAUACCCAAAUGAUUUUACCAAGUGCCUUGGCUGCCGGACGUGUAGGGAAGAUCAGGUGGAGCUGAGUCCCUGCCGAGCCGUCAGCGACACGCAGUGCGCCUGCAGGAACGGCACCUUCUGCUCCCCGGACCACCCCUGCGAGAUGUGCCAGAAGUGCCGGCCCCGGUGUCCCGAGAACGAAGUGGAGCUGGCUCCCUGCACGCCGCACAGCGACCGCCAGUGUGGUCCUCCCACCGGCACCUUCUCCAGCUCCUCUAACAACUUGCUCGUGAUCAUCCUAGCGCUGGUAGUUGCGGUGGUAGUUCUGGCUCUGCUUGUAUUCUGCUUCUGGAAGGGCUACUGUUGCUGUUCCCCAGGAGACAGGAGAGACCUGAGCAGGAAGCCCUACAACGUGGUGGACUACAUGAUGCAGCAGGUGACGAGGUACCGGAGUGGGGGCGUAGGGACACAGGACAACAUCCGCAACGAGCAGUUCUCCCGGGAUCAGCUGCUCCCCACGACUCCCAGCGCUCCGGGGCCAGAGGUGGUGGUGCCGAGGACGUCGUAUCCCAAUGUGAAACCCAGGAGGAAUCUGGUUCCAGUGCAAGGAAAAGACCCUGUUACCCUUUUGCGACGCUCUUUUGACAUCUUCGCCCAAGACGUGCCCUGCAAGGACUGGAAAAGAUUCGGCCGAGCCCUUGAUCUGCUGGAGAACGACAUUGCCCUUGCGGAGAUGAACGACAAGUAUUCGCUGGAGCCCUUCUUCCAGAUGCUCAACACGUGGCAGAACAGAGAAGGGAUGAACGCCUCCGUGAACACACUGCUGGAGACCCUGCACCAGAUCAAUCUCGGAGGGAUUGCAGAGGACAUCUCCUCCAAGCUGGUCCAGCAGGGAUCUUUCCAAUAUGAAGUGAGCUGAGGAGCAGGGCAGGCCCUGCAUCUCGCCGCUUCAAACUAAAAUCGUAAAUACCUCCAAGAACACUUGUUUUAGAAACUUGAGUUUUACCUUCUUAUAGCUCUCCUGUAACUCUCUCCUUUUCUGAAGCCAUUGUACAGUUCAGCUGAGCCCAGUGGAGUUGAACCUCUUACGAAGUACAAGCCUUGUGGUCCUCCCUGCCGAAGCUACAGGCUCGAUGUCGGUGCUUCCUUAUGAAAUCCAAGCUGGUGUCUUGAUUUCACUGGGUCAAUGCAAAGAGCCUAAAACCAUUGCAAGCUGCCUCUGGGACUGUCUCUCUUGGAAGCACUGGUACUAUACGGAUGUCUUCAGGAUCAGUGCAGAGAAGGGCCUUUGCAGGGCAUCCCUGUGUUUUUUAACAGGAUCAUGCUUUUUUGGGGGGUUCCUGGCAUCAUGCAAUGGCUUCUGCUUGUAGAACAUCUCUAAGCUGGCCAGCAAGCUUAAUAAUGUAUGCUUGGUGGGCAAGCGUUAACGGGGUUCUUGGGUUACUUUCUCAAAGCUGCUGACUGAAUUGCGUUUUAGCUGUUAGUAGUUCUGCUUGCUAUUAGGCAUCAGUUUGAAACUGGACUUUGAGGGCAGGGUGGGAAUGAUUUACUUGCGCUGUGAUCACUGGGGUUGCCUAAAAAAAGGGUCAGUGCAGGGAGCGAGUGAGCUCCUCCUUGGAUCAGGAUGGGGAACGUGGGCAGCAAACUAUUGGUGUGCCGGAAACUUCCUUCUCCAUGACCUUGGUCAAGUCGGUUAGUUCCCGUUCCCUUGGCCGUGGGAUGGCUUUGCUGUCCCUGUCUGUCUCCAGCCAGCAUGGAAAGGUGAAUGCACUGAGGUCCGAGCAUGACUGUGGGUACCCGCCAUCCAUCCUCCAGCUGGAUGGGUUGCUCCUCGAACACUUUGCCCCUUGCUCUGGCUCUCACAUAUAGCUCAGGGACAACUUGGCUGGAAAAAUUACUGUGUUACUUGAGCUGGCUACAUGUGCUGCCACCCCGGUACAGCCCAGCCCACCAGGACCUUCCCCAGCACGGUGGGAGAGUGCGAGGAGCAUCGCCAGCCCCUCUCUGCAGCCAGGGCUGCCCUGUGCUGCAAAGCGCCGGUCCCUCCCGCUGCUCUCCCUUCUGCCCUCUCCUCACUUAACACAAGCAGAAAGUUUAUAUUUAUGUAUUUAUUUAGUAAUUGUAAACGUGUACAUAUAUUAACUUAAAAGCUAAUAUAAAAAUAGUAUUGUUUUUUUACUAUGCAUGACUGUGUGUUUUUAUACAGAGCUCUGGCCCAGCCAGUUUGCUAUUUUCAGUUUUUACAUCUCUUUAUGAAGGAAGAAUAAACUUUUAAAAAAUCCUCCUGAUUUCUCAUCUUUCCCCCCCCCCGCCCUUGCUCUGCCAUAACGCUGGCGAUGGUCUGUUCUAGGUUUCAGUGGG